GCGUGUUUUGAAUUUAGCAGCAUGCUUGUUUCUCUGCUAUAGAUGGUCAAAGCAUUUAGCAAUUUUUAAAUAUAUUCAUAACUGCAUUCUAUCGCUUAGAUACUUAGAGUGGCUACAUUUAUCUGUGUAUACUCUCUGCUGUAAACUGGGCUCAUUGUGAGUACAUUUUACCAAGUAGAUCGUUAGCUAGUAAGCUAGUGUGUUACAGUGACAAGCGUAUUAGUCGUUUUUAUAAUAGGUAAAUCUGAAGGGUAUUAUGGGACGAAAGAAACAGGGUAAAUUUCUGCGACCAGACAAGGGUAAAGAGAAAAGACAUAAAAUGAAGGGAAAAUCGUUGGAGACUUUCACAGAAGAAAUGCACUCUGCUUUUGAAGCAAGUCUUCGGUUGGAUGAAGGAGCAGAAGCCCCUGAAGUGAAGCUGCCUUGUCCCCUCGCCAUGUGGGAGCUGGGUCACUGUGACCCUAAGCGUUGUACUGGCAGAAAACUGGUUCGCAAAGGUUUUGUCCUCAACCUUCGGCUCAAUCAGAGAUUUAAUGGACUCAUCCUCAGCCCAGUGGGUGUCAAAUAUGUGACUCCAGCUGACAGAGAAAUUGUGGCUCAAAAUGGGUUAGCAGUAAUUGACUGCUCUUGGGCCAAACUGGAAGAGACACCAUUUAAUAAAAUGAAUGGAACACAUCCAAGAUUAUUACCAUAUCUUGUAGCUGCAAAUCCUGUCAACUAUGGUAAACCCUGUAAACUGUCCUGCGUUGAGGCUUUUGCAGCCACAUUUUUCAUUGUAGGGUUUGAAGAAUUGGCUAUCCUUUUACUAAAGAAAUUUAAGUGGGGGAUAGGCUUUCUAGAACUAAAUAAAGAUCUGCUUCAGCGCUAUGCCGCCUGUCAAACGGAGGAGGAGCUGCUGACAGUAGAAAAAGACUUUCUCACAUAUAAACCUAAGCAGGAGGAGUUUGAUCCAUUUGAUGUCAACUCAGGUAUAGAAUGUGGAAAUCUGAAUAGACAACAGUGCACACCUAUUGAAGAUGACUCGAGUGAGGAAGACACAUCAGAUGAUGAUCAAGAGGAGGCAGGGGAUAAACCAUCAAACGAGGACACUGAAUGAUCAUGAAAGUAUAGAAGAAAGUAAAUGAAAAGAUUGUGCAGUAUUUUAAACAAAAAAUAUUUUUAGGUUUGUACUAUAAACAACUAAAAAUAUAUACACUUGUAAUUUAAUUGUUUAUUGAACAUUGUUGAUUGUUGCGUAAAAGCAGAGGCCCUAUAUCUUGCAUUAAGAAUGACACGUGGGCUGUAAAACAAAGAAAACAACUAUCCAAAGGAUCGCACAAAGGAUACAUUUUCAUAAUCUAAAUAUUAUUUUAUUGAAUGAUAUUUAAAUUUUAUAUGAUAGAAUGUGUAGACAGGAAUCCUCAAGAUAAUGCAGUGAUUGAGUUAUUCAGUUUGGUCAUAUCUAUUAAUAGAUCUUAUCAGAUGUGGCAAUGUAACAAUUGGAUUGUCUGCGUGUUAUUUAUAAUAAAGAAUAUGUUUUGUAAAUUAUAACCAAAUACAGCUAUAUUAAAGGAAAAUUUACAGCCUA